UGAGCCCAGCAGCCCCCAGGUCGUGGGCGAGAGCAUGCGGGCCCUGACCAAGACGCUGGGGCAGUUGAGCGAGAGCGACGUGGGCCGCCUCUCCCAGCCCAUGGCCGCGCAGGCCCGGGCUCACUUCCCACACGAGGACAGCGCCGUGCGCGCGGCAGCAUUUGGCCUGUUCGGGGCCCUGGCCGGCUCGGCCCAGCAGAAGCACCGGCAGCUCUUCGCAGGGGAAGUGAGGAGCAGCUGGGCCGCUCUGAUGCUCCAUCAGCGGGACCCGAGCCCCGAGGCAGCCACGGCCUGCUACACUGCCUUCCAGGCGUGCGCCCCGUUCCUAGGCCUCACGGGGCUCGAGGGAGCCUUUGACAGUGGGCUCCUGACAGGCGCCUCCGGGGAGAGGCACAGACACUUGAUGGGACACGUCUGCAAACAGCUGGCCCAGAAGGACCCUGCGCUGCUGGAGAGUCUCGUCACUGAGACCAGCCUGCACCUCCACAGCCGCUGGGAGGGGAUCAGACUGGCAGCAGCCAAGCUGGCAGGGAUCCUUGCAGAGAACAUGGAGGCCCAGCAUGUCCAGCAGCUGGAUCUGGGAACGCUUCUGUGCUCUCUCCGAGCGCUGCAUGGUGACCCCAGCACUGCUGUCGAGAUUGCUGCGGCAGAAGCCGUCAGCACCAUCAGCCAGAAGCAGCGGGUCGCCCUGCAGGAGCCAGGUCCCAGCCACACGGCCCCCAGAGGCCAAGGGAGGCUGCUCUUUGUGGGGAAGCUCUUCAGGAGGAAGGGGAAGCGGAGACCCCCGGCAGGGCCCCUCGACACUGCAGAGUCAGAGAGCGUCUCCAGCAGCUGAUGUCGGAAGGAGAUGGGUGCUGCUGUCAGAGCAGAGGAUCGGGGCCUUUGGAGCCACGUUCCCCUCACUCAAGGGGCUCUGGACAUUGAUGUGUAUAUAUGUGUAUAAAUUCUGUGCCUUUCCAGCUGUGGUCUGGGCUUUGCUAUGUCUGAGUCCAGGGCCCCAGACAGUCCCAGCCCCAAGUCAGCAGGAGCUGGGAGCGUGGGCAGCUCACAGACUGGGCUGCUGAAGGCGCAGGGGCCAUAAAUAUGGGAACGAUGGG